UUUGCUGAAGUUGUCAAAUGGGCACAACUCAAAAGACUUGAAUUGUACACAAAUUGGUUUGUUUUGCUUGCUUCAAAGAUAUGGUCAGUUUUACCAUUUCUGUGUUGUAGCAGAACAAUUUUGGGCUUUGAAUUCUUUCGAAUAAAUCAAAUUGGAGAAGUGAGAUGGCGUUUGCCAGCAACAAACUCGCCAAACCGGCUAAUGGCAUCAAGAUAGAUCCAGAGCUAACGAUUGAUGACCACGAGCUGCCGGAUAGUGAAAACAUUUAUGAGAGAGACUCAAUAGUGAACUUCGAGCCAAUGGUACAAAUUGUCGAAACGCAAAUCGAAAAAGAAAAUGGAGAGAUAUUCUUCAUCAGAGAAAUGGACGGAGACUCAAAUAUGCCAACAAUUUCAGUUGCAGAAAUAAAUACACAAAGUACAGGUCAAUUGGAAGCUCUGCAGAGCGAAGAUCAAUCGGCUUCAGUAGAUCCGAAACGUAAGAAGAAGGAAAAAGGAGAGAAAUCAUUAAAAUGCGAAAAGUGUGAAAAAACAUUCAACUCAAAUUUCGGACUGAAAAUGCAUGAUCGCACUCAUACGGGAGAAAAACCGUUUGAAUGCGAAUUUUGUGGAAAAGCAUUCUCCUUGAAAUACGGGCUCAAAGUACACAUUCGAGUGCACACGGGUGAACGUCCCUAUCCGUGUGUACAUUGUCAGAAAGCAUUUAAGGAUCCUUCAACGCUCAUACAGCAUGUGCGAAAAAUUCACGAGGGUUUGUCGGAAACGAAUAAACGGAUAGAUGGAGAAUCCCCGUUUAAAUGCGAAAUUUGUGAGAAAACAUUCACUACGAAAUACGGACUCAAAUUGCAUGUACGAACUCAUACAGAUGAACGUCCCUAUUCGUGUCCACAUUGUGAGAAUGCAUUUAGGGAUCCUUCAACGCUCCUGAAGCACAUACGAACUCAUACAGGAGAACGUCCCUAUCCCUGUCCACAUUGUGUCAAAAAGUUUAAGAACUCUGCUGCGCUGCAGGUACAUAUUCGGACCCAUACCAAAGAGAAGCCUUACGUUUGCGAGUACUGUCAGCGAUGUUAUUCCCAGUCCUACAACCUUACCAUGCACCUUCGUGAUAAGCACGGCAAGAGCAAGUAACACCAGUAAAGCAGUAAACCGGAUCAGUUCUAUGCGAUCUUUGGCACAACGUUUAUCUUCAGCCGUUUCAUUUCCUCCAUUGAUUUCUAAACAUAAUGGGUCGUAGAAAGGUUCGGCCAAAAGAUAAUAUCCUCCUUCGCGUGAUACUCAUUGAUGAAGACAGACAUUUCCGGCAGGCACAUCGAACUGUUUAUCUCGUUGAUCGUCAACUAUAGAAGGAUCAUCUUUAUUUAUUCAACACAUCUCUCGGACGAUCCAUACAGUGAAAAUACUCUGGAGACUAUGGCUUCUGUCUUUGAUGAGUACAAGAGAUUUUUUUUUUUUUUGCAGUUUCCGAGUCAUUGAAUGUUCUUGCAAUGUUUCAGUGUUUGGAUGUGCUUUUUCAAAUAAGAUUUGCCUGUAAUGAUUAUUUGUUGAUUUAGACAGACAUUACGAAAUGUACAUACUAGCCACUAGCUACUAGCCAACAGCACGCGUGUUUCAUAUAUGCAGCAUUUAGCUUCAUAAUCAUUACGACAGCCUAUGACAUAAGGGUACUUUCGGCGUAAUUCGUCGGCAAUAUUUAAAAAAAUCAGCAUGGAAUAUCGCGACGAAACACAAAAAAACAACACCGUAACUGGUGAAACGAAUAUUCUGAAUGAAAACAGAUGGAAGAUGCGAAUGUCAUUCUCCAAACGCUCUCAAAAUUUAGGUAACAAAAAAAAGUUUUUCUCAAAUUGUGAUUCGUCAGAGAAAUUUAAUUUCGUAUGAACAUCAGGACAAAUCCUAGAAUAUGAAAACUAAAUCAGGACGCCCCAACAUGAUCUCAAAAUCAGGACAUGUCGUGCUAAAUCAGGACGGAUGGUAUCCCUACCUCUUCAGCUUCUGCUGCACUCUAUGGUCGAGCAGCACCAUCGGCCAGUCGGGACCAGUCCUCCGUUCAAUACUCUCGCCUCUCUCCAGAAGAAAGAGGGUGUUGUAAAUGUCGGAUCGGUUAUAUCCGGUGGACACGAAGUACCUCACAAUGCCCAUCUUCUUCGUUCCAGGGGGGCGGAGCUGCCAGUACGAAGAAAGCAUCGAGCGUAGUUGCUUGACUGUUUUCGCCAUGGCUACUGCAAAUCAACUGAUGAGGGUGUGGAAGUAUUUUUCUAGAAGGCUUUGUAGAAGUAGGGUUCAAGGAAAAUUUGUCCCAUAUAAUUAUCUUUUGUAGUGUUU